UCGGAGGCGUCUGGUGCAGCAGCAGCGACAGCAGCGGUGAAUCCAGUACAAGCUAUUUUGCAAGUGAGCUGAACAAAGCGCCAGGAUGCCGUUCCCCAUACAUCCGCCCAAGCAGAUGCCCUGCCCGCACUGGCAGCACUUUCCCAUUAGUCCGGUGGAUAGCAAACCGUCACCAUUUGGCACUAGCAACAACAAUGAUGCCAGCGUCGCUGUGAAUAAGCCACCGGAGCCGGUCUCCUAUCGCUACUGUGUCCAAUGCAAGACAGCUGGCAAGGAUGUGAACAGCGCUGAGAAAGAGUAAUAUGGAAAUUGAAGCUGUGACAUUUCCGCAUAUCGCCAUCACUCACCACUUACCACCCAUGCCAACCCCCACCUCAUCAGAGCACACCAAACCCAAAUCGAAAAUGACAAUGGAACGCGCUGGGUUCGCUCCCCAUCGGAAAUGGGGUCCGCACUGAGUGCGAUUUGGAAAUAAAUAUAAGUUUAAUGAAAGUCUUUUUCAUGUUUUAUAUGUUUUCGCCAUCUGCACUUCAUUUGUUUUCCCAUUUUGUUUCAAGUGAUUCAAUUGUCAAUCGAAGUGAAGCUAUAUACAU